UUUUUUUUUAAUUGUGAUAUUCAAUUUGUAAGAUUAAAACUUGUCGUCUUUUUGUCUACUACAACAAUAUUUUAAUUUCUUUAUUUGGAAAACUUACAAUUUAUAUAAAAUACAAGUACAAGAUGAUGUCAAGCGCCUACAAGAUUAUAACUAUUUAUUUUAUAUAUUUAAUAUCUGGAAUAACUAACAACGUUACUAGUUUUCAAAAAAAUUUUGAAUUUUAUUGGAAUAUUCCAUCUUUCAUGUGCCAUAAAUAUAAUAUAAAUCCAGAAAAUAUAACAAAACAAUUUGGUAUUAAAAUAAAUGAAAAUGACAGUUUUCGUGGUGACAAAAUAGCAAUUUUAUAUGAUCCUGGAAAGUUCCCAGCUAUUUUAAAAUAUGCAAACUCAGAACAACAAGAGUAUUUUUAUCGUAAUAAAGGUGUACCACAGGAAGGAAAUUUAACAGUGCAUUUAACAGAAUUUGAAAAUCAUAUUAAUGAAUUUAUACCUGAUAAGAAUUUUAGUGGUUUAGCAAUAAUAGAUUUUGAAUCAUGGAGACCAAUAUAUAGACAAAAUUUUGGAACUUUAAAGCCAUACAAAGAACUUUCAAUUUAUUUAGAGAAAAAAUUACAUCCAAAAUGGAGUAUGAAAAAAUUGGAACAUGAGGCGAAAGUUCGUUUUGAAAAAGCUGGAAGAGUUUUUAUGGAGGAAACAAUUUUAUUCGCUAAAAGAUUGAGGCCAUAUGCUAAAUGGGGUUAUUAUGCAUUUCCCUACUGUUUUAAUGGACGUGAUAUAAAUAAUCCUGAAUCAUGUGCUAAUGGUGUUACAGAGGAAAAUGAUAACAUUUCAUGGCUUUUCGGUAAUUCUGAUAUAAUUUUACCGUCUGUUUAUUUGAAUGAAGAUAUCCCAAAAUCCAGUCGACUGCCAUUAGUCAGAGGACGUGUUAAGGAAGCAACACGAUUAGCAAAUAAAUUUGAAGAUGCAGUUUCAAAACCCCUAAUAUAUGUUUAUCAUAGAUAUGUUUAUACAGAUUCUUUCGAAUUUUUGCCAGAAUUAGAAACAUUUGAAAUGUUUAGUACGAUAAAAUCACUUAACGCUGAUGGUGUUAUUUUAUGGGGUUCCUCAAAUGAUUUAAAUUCAAGGAUGAAGUGUGAAAAAUUUAUUGAAUACUUAAAGGAAACUCUUGGUCCCAUUACUAGUUCUCUUGAAGGUUCAUUCAUAGUACAUCAUUCAAGGUUAACAAGAUAAUUUCAUGACUAUAAUUAAGAUAAAAAUAAGUUGUUUCUUAUUAUCAAAUAAAAUUGAAAUGUGUAAUUUGUUUUGC